GUAGCCAUGGACCUGCAGAACACCGAGUGUCGCCCCAUCAACAGCAGCAAGCUGGCGCUGCCGGCCGAGAACGGCGCGGGCACGCGGCGGCCCAGCAUCGCCCCCGUGCUCGAGCUGGCCGACACCUCCUCGCUGCUGCCCUGCGACCUGCUCAGCGACCAGUCGGAGGACGAGAUGACGCAGUCGGACGAGGAGGGCUCGGCCGUGGUGGAGUAUGUCAAAGGCUACCCGCCAAACUCCCCGUACAUCGGCAGCUCGCCAACCCUGUGCCACCUUUUUCCAGAGAAAGCUCCAUUCUGCUGCCUGCGGCUGGACAAGGGCUGCAAACACAACAGCUUUGAAGACGCCAAGGCCUAUGGGUUUAAGAACAAACUGAUUAUAGUUUCAGCAGAGACUGCCGGGAAUGGGCUGUAUAACUUCAUCGUCCCGCUUCGUGCGUACUAUCGGUCCCGAAAAGAGCUAAACCCCAUCGUAUUGCUGCUGGACAACAAGCCAGAGCACCACUUCCUGGAGGCAAUCUGCUGUUUCCCGAUGGUUUACUACAUGGAAGGCACGAUUGAUAACCUGGACAGCUUGCUGCAGUGCGGGAUCAUCUAUGCGGACAACCUGGUGGUCGUGGACAAGGAGAGCACCAUGAGCGCCGAAGAGGACUACAUGGCGGAUGCAAAGACGAUUGUCAACGUCCAGACCAUGUUCAGGCUCUUCCCCAGCCUCAGCAUCAUCACGGAGCUGACCCACCCCUCCAACAUGAGGUUCAUGCAGUUCCGAGCAAAGGACAGUUACUCCUUAGCCCUUUCCAAGCUAGAGAAGAAAGAGCGCGAGAACGGCUCCAACCUGGCCUUCAUGUUCCGGCUGCCCUUCGCCGCCGGCAGGGUCUUCAGCAUCAGCAUGUUGGACACGCUGCUCUACCAGUCGUUCGUGAAGGACUACAUGAUCACCAUCACCAGGCUGCUGCUGGGCCUCGACACCACGCCGGGCUCGGGCUACCUCUGUGCGAUGAAAAUCACCGAGGACGACCUGUGGAUCCGGACGUACGGCCGCCUCUUCCAGAAGCUCUGCUCAUCCAGCGCUGAGAUUCCCAUUGGGAUUUACAGGACGGAGUCGCACAUGUUCGCCACCUCCGAGCCUCAUGACAUCAGGGCGCAGAUCUCCAUCAACGUGGAGGACUGCGAGGACACCAAGGACGUGAAGGAGCACUGGGGCAUCAAGACGGGCCACCACCGCAACUCGUGCUCCAGCGACCAGUCGGAGCACCCGCUGCUGCGGCGCAAGAGCAUGCAGUGGGCCCGGCGCCUGAGCCGCAAGGGCAACAAGCACGCGAGCAAGACGGCCGAGUGGAUCAGCCAGCAGCGCCUGAGCCUCUACCGGCGCUCCGAGCGCCAGGAGCUCUCCGAGCUCGUCAAAAACCGCAUGAAGCACCUGGGCUUGCCCACCACGGGGUACGAGGAUGUAGCAAAUUUAACAGCCAGUGAUGUGAUGAAUCGGGUAAACCUGGGAUAUUUGCAAGGUAAUUCCCUUCCCCGGGGAGUCCCGCGGGCCUCGCGGGGCGCAGCGCCCAACAAGAUCAUG